AUGGAGUUAGUACUCUACUCUUUAGACAGAGAGCUGCGCACCGCGGGUAGUUUUCGUAUGAAACUUGGUGGCGCGAGAUGCACCGAGCGAAAUAGCUAUAUGAGAUUGUGUUGCUGUCCCAGUCGCACGCCACCCGGCGCCCGGGGCAAGGGGACGUGGGGGUCGGCGGUUAAGAGUUUCAGGUUUCUUUUAACAUCAAGCUACAAUUCUAAGAAGCGGGGCAGUGAUCAGAAACACGGGGAAACUUCGGGAAAUGACUAG